AUGUCUGAUGAUGAGAAGAAUAAUGUAGAAGGAACGACCUCACUCUUCUGGAUUCUUCUUUUCGGAAUUCCACUAUUCAUUAUUCUCUUUCUGGUUUUAAUCAGAAAAUUCUACCAUCGAAAAAGAAGAGAAACCAAUCAACCAACUCGAUUCAAAUUCGUUGAAAAUGUGAAGCCAGAAUCCACGUGGCAAUAUGAAUAUGAAGGAAAUGUGGUCGUGAGAUGUGAAAGAAUCAGAGGAUUUAGAAGAUUUUUGAGAAGCUGUUUUCCAUUUCCAGAGCUUGGAAUGUGGCGUUUAAGAGACUUAAUGAUUGAUCUAUACGGACAGAAAUUUGGAGGAAAUCCAAGAUUUCAAGUACCAGAUGAGGUGAUGACAAUUGCAAUUCCAAAGAAUAAUUUCCGUGUAAAAGGAGAGUUUUCAACGGAAUUCGAACCAAAAGAUGGUGUUCAAGGGGACUACACGUAUGAGAUGUAUUCAUCAAGUGUCCAAAUUACAUGGUUUCAUUUCGAAGGUGCUAAAUAUUUGGCUGGAAUUUGUAUUUAUAUGGAUAAUCGAUAUAAUCCAUUGAAAAUAAUCAAGGAAAAUGUGAAGAAUGCAAUCAACGAUUUGAGAAUUUACAAGCCGAAUCCACUGAAUUUCAAGGAGAAAUUGAUGAAGAAAAUGUGGUGUUCAUUCCGGAAUCAAUGGAUUAUUAUAACACAGAAUGAGUUUGGAGAAGUCGAUAAAUUCAUAUUCAACGGAAAAGAGAAUCAGAUGGAAUUAGUGAAAUGUGAUGACUGUUCAUUCGAAAUGAAUGCAAAGAUUAUUGGACAGUCUCCAGUUUCCAAAAAGAAUUUGAAGCCUCUUCCAACUCUUGAUUUCUCAAAGUUUCUUAAAGUGGAAUUCUGUGAAAAAGCGAAUGAUUUAAUGAUGAUUGGAAAGGACUCAAAUGGAAGAAUUGCACAUUUCGAAUGGGAUUCCGAAAUCGGAAAAUUCAAAAUUCAUAGUUGUUGGGACUGUGAUGUAAAUGCAAGAAGUCGAUUUCAGUCGAAUGAUGAACUCAAUGAUUCUCCGCCUUCUUACGAAUUCCUCGAGUUGAUUGAAUUAACAGAAAACUAA